AUGUCUGACUGUGGACAUACUACCCAGGAGAUUUCAACCACGCCCAACGUGGCAUUUCCCUCGACCGACCGGAGGGGAUUCCUUGACUACAGCAACGUCCCCCAGCCAUGGAAGCGCGCGGGAGUUACUUUCCUCCGUGACGUUGAGAAGCCUGACGCCUACGACCCGUAUGCUGAGGACAGCAUCGACACCAAGGAAAUCAAGCUCCUUUACUCCCCGGGGGCAUAUGAUGACGGAACCGGCGGUCUCGGUGGCCAUUAG